AUGCCACAUGCAGCCUAUGUGAUCUCGGACACAGACCGUCGUGGUCUGCUGGUGGUAGUGGCUAAUCUUUUCAUGUCCUGGAUGGUGUUGGUCGGUUUGUUUCGCGUCUACAUGCGCCUGACUAUCAUUGGGCCGUGGGGGCUAGAUGAUUUGAUGGUCCUUGUAGCGUCUGUAUUCGGCAUCGCCAACGUCGGGGCGGUGAUGGGAGGUGUCAAACAUGGGCUGGGAAGCACUGAGAGCAAACUCGAUGCCUCUCAAAUCGACCCCGCUGAACAGGCUUUGUAUGGCGCAAAUAUCCUACUCCUGGCUGGUCAUUGCGCAGCCAAAUUGUCGGUUCUGUUUCUCUUGCGUCGCCUGGGCAGAGAAAGAUCAUAUCUGAGGGCCUGCACAGUUGUGAUGGGCGGGAUCGUUCUGUGGGGAGCUGUUUCAAUUCUACUCGUUGCCCUGAAAUGCCCGUUUCGCCAUCCGUGGAUACUCAGCCAAUGUGCAAGUACCCUCCCUCGCUGGCAAGCAAUCACCAUCCUCGACAUCAUAACCGAGCUUCUGCUACUCACCCUCAGUCUGUAUCUUGUCUGGCCUAUCCGUAUGAGGCGGAUGCGGAAAGCUGGAGUUAUUGGCGCAUUUGGGACGAGGAUCGGGAUCAUCACCCUUGCUAUCGUGCGGCAGACCGCGAUGAACGGAAUCGCACAUACCCAUGACCCCCUCCUCGACAUCGCCGACACCACCAUCCUGACCCAGGUCCUAUUGCAUUGCAGCAUCAUGGCUGCCACCGUUCCUUGUCUCAAGCCGUUUGUGGUGGCAUUCAAUACUAGCUGGGGCCAAGGCACAGUUGGGCAAGAUGGUAGUAGCUACUACUAUCAGCCCAGCGAAGCAUCAGCAGCCGUAGGCGAAUCUCAAGCCGACGCGGAGAGCAAAAGGACGAGUCGAGCAAAGAACGAGGACAAAGGUCAAACAGCUUCAGACUGUCGGGACUCUCACGAGUGGAUAAUUCAGGAGACACGGGAGUGGUCGUUGCAAUAUGAGACAAUCGAGAUGAUGCCUGUCGGGUCGAAGCGAUAG